AUGUCUCUCCUCUCCCUACCCCCAGAGCUUCUGGCGAUAGUCGCCCAAUACCUCGACGCAGACAGCGAUAUCAACGCCCUAUCCCAAGCCAAUCGAACCCUCCACUCCUUCCAUUCUUACCUGUUGUAUGAACGAAAUUCGCGCAAUGGAAAUGGCUCCGCGCUCCUCUGGGCCGCAAAACAUGGGAUUAGGGCCACGGCGGAGAAAAGUAUAUGGUUGGGGAAAUGCGACAUUAACAAUACAAUCGAUGAAUUCGGUCUUAAUGCGUUGAUCUGGGCUGCUAGAGAAGGUCAUGAAGAUGUGGUCAUGCUGCUACUAGCCCUAGUCGAGACGGGCCGACAGGUGAAUGUGAAGUUCACAGACUCAAAUGGUCGAACAGCGAUAUCUUGGGCUGCGGAGAAUGGAUAUGAAACUGUUGUCAAACUUUUGCUUGAAACGGGUCUUGCGGAUUUGGAGUUGAGAGAUGAUUUGCGUAUGAGCCCGCUUUCCUAUGCAGCUGAGAACGGACACAGGACGGUUGUGAAACUGUUUCUUGCAAGGGAUAUAAUGAAUCUGGAUUCAAGGGACUUCACUGGUUCAACUCCCUUUUCUCGGGCUGCAGAGAAUGGUCAUGUAGCGGUUGUCAGAAUGUUGCUCAAGACUGGACGAGUGGAUGUGAAUUCGGAGGAUUCUGAGGGUCGGACGCCGCUGUCGCUGGCUGCUGAGAAUGGACAUGUAGUGGUUGUCAAAAUGUUACUCAAGACUGGACGACUGGACAUAGAUCUACAAGACUCUGAAGCUCGUACGCCGCUGUCAUGGGCUUCGGGAAAUGGCCAUGCCACUGUCGUCCGAGCAUUACUGAAAGAUGGUCGAGUAGAUAACGACUCAAAGGACUCUCAUGGCCGCACGCCGUUAUCUUACGCUUCUGCCGCCGGCCAGGAGGUAGUUGUCAAAAUACUUCUGAAACUCAACGAAGUCAAUGCGAAUUCCGAAGAUGACAAUGGUCGGACACCACUAUCCCUAGCCGCGGAAAACGGGCAUGAAACCGUUGUCAAGCUCCUGCUCAAAGACAAACAGGUAAACGUGGACACAAAGGAUUCAAAGGGGUCAACGCCUUUGUCCUGGGCCGCGCGAAACGGACAUCCUGUGGUAGUGAGAUUGUUGCUGGAAACGAAACGGGUUGAUAUUGAUUCGAAGGAUGAUGCGGGUUGGACUCCUUUGUUCCUGGCGGUAGUGAAUAACCAUGAGGCUGUAAAGAAUCUCCUACUGAAUAGUCAAUGA